GACGCGGCCCAGCGCUGCCGUAACGCUACCGAGCCUUUAACGUUAGAAUCCAGAAAACGGAGAGAAUCGAGAAGAAAACAGCGAAAAAGAGCACAAAACGAACCAGAGCAGGAGCUUUAGCUGACCUGCAGUCAUGGACCCGUCUUUACCUCCAGACCUGAACCCAGAGCCUGAACCGGCUCCAGACGUCACUCCACAAGCAGACACUGCUCACGAUUCACCUGUCCAACCCACCCUGGACUCCAGCCAGGAACCGGCUUCAGAUACGGCCCAGGAACCCUCUGCAGAACCAACCCUGAACCCAGAAGUAAAGCCAGAGCCCUCAGCACCAGAACUCACACCAGAACCACCGUUCCCAGCGCCGCCUCCAGCGGCCAACUCCUACAAGAUCAUGACCUUCAGACCCACCAUGGAGGAGUUCAAGGACUUUGGGAAGUACAUCGCUUAUAUCGAGACCCAAGGAGCUCAUCGAGCCGGUCUGGCAAAGGUUAUUCCGCCGAAGGAGUGGAAGCCGCGGCGUUCCUAUGAGACCAUUGAAGAGAUGGUCAUUCCUGCUCCCAUCAUGCAAGUGGUGACCGGCCAAUCAGGACUCUUCACUCAAUACAACAUCCAGAAGAAGUCCAUGACGGUCGGAGAAUAUCGCAAACUGGCCAAUAGUAAAAAGUACUGCACCCCUCAACACAAGGACUUUGAUGACCUGGAAAGAAAGUACUGGAAAAACUUGACGUUUGUGUCGCCCAUUUAUGGCGCCGACAUCAGCGGGUCCCUUUAUGACCAGGACAUCACGGAGUGGAACAUCGGCCAUCUGAACACUCUUCUGGACAUGGUGGAGCAGGAGUGUGGGAUCGUCAUCGAGGGCGUCAACACGCCAUACCUGUACUUUGGCAUGUGGAAAACCACUUUCGCCUGGCACACGGAGGACAUGGACCUCUACAGCAUCAACUACCUGCAUUUCGGCCAACCAAAGUCCUGGUAUGCCAUUCCUCCCGAGCACGGCAAGAGGUUGGAGCGGCUGGCGCAAGGCUUUUUCCCAGGAAGUUCUCAGGGCUGCGACGCGUUUCUCCGUCACAAGAUGACCCUCCUUUCUCCAUCGAUCCUGAAGAAAUACAGCAUCCCCUUUGACAGAAUCACGCAGGAGGAGGGCGAGUUCAUGAUCACGUUUCCGUACGGAUAUCACGCCGGAUUCAACCAUGGCUUCAACUGCGCCGAGUCCACGAACUUCGCAACCCUGCGCUGGAUCGACUACGGCAAGAUGGCCACGCAGUGCACGUGCCGUAAGGACAUGGUGAAGAUCUCCAUGGACGUCUUCGUUCGCUGCCUGCAGCCCGACCGCUACGAUCUGUGGAAGCAGGGGAAAGACAACACGCUCCUGGACCACCUCAAACCCACGAGCCUCAGCAGCCCCGAGCUGGAGCACUGGAAGAAAACCAGGGUCACGUACAGAGAGAAACUCCUGCGCAGGGCUCAGGCGAAGGUAAAACAGUUCCGCCGUCUGAAGCUGGAGGAGGUGAAGGUUCUGGCGGAGGAGGGAGUGGAGCUGGACAUGAGCGAGUACCUGCUCAAGGUGGAGGAGCGCGAACAGCAGCGGCGGCAGCAGAAGGACGAGCGCAUGGCGCGGGAGGCGCUCCUCACGCUGGAGGCGCUGGAGAGGGAGGAGCAGGAGCAGGCGGAAGCAGCACUCCGUGGAGAAGGUGAAGAUGGAAAAACAGAAUCUCAGGAUCCUCCACCGGAAAACGGAGAGGAGAAGAAGAAGAAGAAAAAGAAGAAGCCGAAGCAUCUCGACGAUCUCUCCUUCCAGCAGGUGUUUGAGCAGUUCGCUUCCAGCGACAUUCAGGACCAGAGUAAUGGAGACGCUCCCGGCCUGCAGCCGAAUCCUUUCAUGAAACUGAAGAAGAAAGUUGAGGUGAAGAAGAGCCGAAGACAUCCGUUUAGCAAGCCACCCAUGCGCUCUCCUCACUCCAUAGUCAAACAGGAAGCCUCCAGCGAUGAGGAGCUGUACUCUGGGCUGCCUGUAGGUGGCGGAGUUCAGCCGGAGGCCAAGAAGUCUGAGGAGAGCGCGCUGUGGCAGAACCGCUUGCCAAACUUCCUGGCCGAGAAACAGUUCAACGCUGCGAUGGCGACCAUCGAGCCGCACUGCGCUGUCUGCACGCUCUUCUGUCCGUACACACAGCCUCUUAAGGACCCCUUCCACCUCUCGGACACGUCUGGCCUGGUGUCCCGGGUCUGCUGUCGCACCCGUCCGCUGGUUCCAGAGAUGUGCUUCAGCGCAGGAGCUGAAAACACCGAGCCCCUGCCGUCGAACUCCCACAUCGGUGACGACGGCACCAGCGUCCUGCUGUCCUGCGGGUGCUGCAGCCUACAGGUCCACGCCAGUUGUUACGGCGUCAAUCCUGACACGAAACAGGAGGGCUGGAUGUGUUCUCGGUGCACUGCGGCCGAAUGGACAGCCGCCUGCUGUUUGUGCAGUUUAAGAGGAGGAGCUUUGAAGAAAACCACAGAUGACAGGUGGGUUCACGUGAUCUGCGCCGUCGCUGUGGCCGAGGCUCGUUUCGUUAACGCUGUGGAGCGAGAGCCUGUGGACGUGACGGCCGUCCCCGACACCAGGAAGAGUCUGAAGUGCGUCUACUGCCACAAGACGACCAAGCAGUUCUUCGGUUAUACGCUUAAUGUGGAGUUUCAGGACGAGACGCAGAUCUUACUGAAGCGCAGCGAGAUUCACUCUCUGGACCAUGAGCUGCCCAAGAGGGUCAUGUCUCGUCUGGCAACUGUGAACCAACAGCAACCUCAGGCGCAACCGUCAGAUGAACCUCUGGCCGCGAAACGUCCACGUCUGCCAACACCGCUGCCAAUACUAGCCAUUGAGCCCUCGGCACAACCUCCAGAAAUAGUCACUGCUUUCCUGCCCGCUAGUAUUACUCCAAACACCAGCACUGCCCCCUGCCUGCCUCCCCCCACCUCACUUCCUGUUUCAGCACCCACACUUCCUGCCCCGGAACCCAGCGAGAGUUACACGCAUAGCUCAAGCUAUAUAGCCUACAUGGAGUCUCUCCUCAACUCUGACUUUCCUCCAGAAGAGGAACAAGGUGUUGAGCCGAUGUAUUGAAGCGCCACUUUGCGCUACCAGCUAUUCGUCAACACAUACAGACUUUAAAUUCAUCUACUGCAUGUCUUUGUUUCAUUUAUUCGCUGUCGUGCUAAUCUGAGUCUCCCACCCAUGAACGGUGCGCGUGGGACGAUUGCGUGUCAUUAUAGACUGAAGCCGAAAAGGACCCAGUACAUAGCCUUGGGGGAUGCCUCACUCUUCCGACCCUUUCCACGAUCCCUCGCUCCGGUUCUUUCACUAAACGGAAAGAGCCGCCAUACAUUUUCAGAUGGGAUAAUCAUUCACUGUAUGUGCGGUUUACUUUAUACCUGAUUUUUUUUCUCUAAUGAGUGCUAAAUAUUUUUCUAACUCAAGCCAAAACAUGCUACCCGGUCACAGAUCACAUAGACAGUCUAUAUCUGUACAGUUUCAGGUAUUUUUCUCUGUACUCAAGUGUUCGGGCGGGGGGUCACAGGAAGAGUUUUAGCUGGGCUCAUGGGAUUUAAUAAGUAUUUAAAUGUCUUUUGUCACAUAUAGAUUUAAUACUUGUAUAAAGAAAAUCAAUUAUGGCAGCAUCAGAAGCUACAGUUUUCAGUUACCGUACACAACUGUGUUACGAUAGAUUUGCGCGGGUUCAUGUAUUCUUCUAUAAUCUACGAUAAAAUGUUUUUCAGCACCAGAUGAUUUGUUUUUGUAGCAUACUUGGUAGACGUUGAUAUUGAAUACUAUUCACCUUGUCUGUUUUUUAUUACGAGUACCGUUGUUGUUAUGAUUAUUAUUUUUAUUGAUUUUUGUUUUGGUGAAUCUUUGCAACACAAUGUCGAAAGAUGAAAAAAAAAAGUUGAAUUUAUAAUUUUUAUUCAAGAGGUUGAAGUGGUGUACAUUUAAGCGUAUAGUCAUAGGUGAUGUUAAACAGAUACGCAAUCUGCCUUCUCAAGGUGCUAUAGAAGUCUUAGACUACUGAGGGGCGAUCCGGGUCAAGUGACCCACAAUGAGGUGUACAUACUAGACGUCCUGCUCACAAAUUGGAAAAAAUGUUCUUCAGUGUAACUUCUAGUCUUAUCAAAUGCCAUGUCACAUUCAAAUAAAGGGUCUGGUUGUCGCUU